AUGCCGAAACAAAAACCGCCCAAAGGCGCAUCUGCCGCUGCACCUUCGACAUCCAUUGACGAUGCACGAUUCUCCAAUUUCAGUACCGACCCUCGAUUCCGCUUGCCUUCAAAGAAGCAUACACGCACAAAGAUCGAUAAGCGUUUCUCGCGCAUGCUUCAAGAUGAAGAUUUCUCGAAUACAGCAAAGGUCGAUCGAUAUGGACGCAAGCUGAGUAGUGCGGGCAAGAAGAAGGCUCUGGAAAGGCUUUAUGUGCCGGACGAGGAGGAAGCCGAGGAGGAAGAAGAGAUUGAAGGAGAUAUAGAGGUAGAAGAUGACGACAUUGUUGAGGCACAAUUGAAGAAUGCGGACGCAAAAUACGAUGCUGCAAGAGGUGGGGGAUUUUCCUCCUCGGACGAUGAAGAUGAGGAGGAAGACGAAGAAGAUGGUGGGGUCGAAAUUGAGGAGGCAGAAUUUCCGGAUAUGCAAGCUGAACAAGCGGGUGUCGAAAUGGGAGAAGUCACGUCAAGAUUUGCAGCUGUAAAUUUGGAUUGGGACAACAUACGAUCAUCAGAUUUAAUGGCAGUUUUCUCAAGCUUUGUUAGACCAGGCGGGAAGAUACAUAAGAUUUCGAUAUACCCUAGCGAAUUUGGCAAAGAGAGAAUGGAGCGAGAAGAGCUUGAGGGACCUCCGAAAGAAAUUUUCACACAAAAGCAAGCGGAGGAAGAGGAAUGGGAAUCGGACUCGGAAGACAGUGAGGAUGAUGAGGAAUUGGAUGAGGAAAUCAAGAAGGACUUGCAAAGGGAAGAUGGAGGGGAAGAUUUUGAUGGAGCUGCGUUACGACAGUACCAGCUUGAGCGGUUGCGCUAUUACUACGCUGUUGUCGAAUGCUCGGACAAGGCUACAGCGCAGAAGAUCUACGAGUCGACUGAUGGCGCCGAGUACCUCUCCUCAGCAAACUUCUUUGAUCUUCGGUUUAUUCCUGACGGAGUGGACUUUGACGACAAGCCUCGAGAUGAAUGUGAUGCUGUCCCCCCUGGAUAUCGGCCAACGGAAUUCGUAACGGAUGCUUUACAACACUCCAAAGUCAAAUUGACUUGGGAUAUGGACCCUGAGGAGGCUACCCGAAAAGACGCCAUUAGACGUGCGUUUACGGGUAGUCGAGCCGAGAUUGGAGAAAACGACCUGCGAGCAUAUUUGGGAAGUGAUUCAGAAGAUGGGUCGGACCAUGAAGUCGAGGUCGUUGAAGAAGGAAAGAUCGAUGAGGAAGUAUCUGAAGCGCCAAAACUUACUAAAAAGGAGUUGGCAAGGCAGAAAAUGCGGGCCGCCCUUGGUCUAACGGAUGAACCUACACCAUCUUCGAAGAAGAAGAAGUCAUCAGCGCCAGUUGGUGACAUGGAAAUCACGUUCACGUCAGGUCUCACAUCCGAAAGAUCUGGUAACGGCGUCUUUGAGAAUGAGCCCAUCAUUGAGGAGACUACGGCGGAAGCAUACGUCCGAAAGGAAAAGGAGCGAAAGGCUAGGAGAAAGGAGAAAAACAAAGCAAAGCGUGAUCCCAACGCUGUGGCUGAACCUACCCCCGAAGCGGAAGCUGAAGCAGAGAAUGAUGACCUCGGAUUCAACGACCCAUUCUUUGCUGCUGGUGAAGCUCAAGCGAAGGUUGAGAAGCCCAAGAGCGAGAAGAAAGCAGAGCGUCUUGCUCGCCGAGCGGCAAAGGAAGCUGAGUCUGCUGCGAAAGCCGCCGAAAAAUCACAACUUGAAUUGCUUAUGCAACCUACAACAUCUGAGGAGAUUGCCAAUCAGAACCUCGACCACUUCGACAUUAACGAAAUCGCCAGAGCCGAGAAGAGAGCGAAGAAGUCCGGAAAAUCAAAGAAGUCUAAAACCGCCUUAGGAGAGGAUGGUAGCAAGCGGGGUGGCCUGCAAAAGGGGUUCAGCAUGGAUGUUGCUGAUGAAAGAUUUGCCGGCCGUCUUUUUGGGAACCAUGAAUUCGCUAUUGAUCCAUCCAACCCAAAAUUCAAGGGUACUGAGGGUAUGAAGAAGCUUUUGGAGGAAGGUCGAAAAGUUAGGGGUGGUGAUGAGGCAGCUCUUGAAGUCGAUGUGGUCCCGAAGAAGGAGAAAAAGCGGAAGGUUGACGAUGUAGCGGGCAAGGAAUCACUGAAUAGCCUUGUUGAAAGUUUCAAGAAGAAGAGUAAGAGGUAA